GCCGGACUUGACAUUUCUGCGUCUCGCGUGCCGAUGCGGAUCCCCGGACAACACCGCAAAGUCCGGCCAUCAACUGAAACGCGAAGUCCAAAAACACCAAACUACAAAAAGUCACGAUAAAUCAAAUAGAGUAGAAUAACAGCUCAUCAAACAAUUCAAUAAUAAUGGCCUUUAACAAAGUCUCACAAUUCACCAUCUUUCGUGGUCCUGGAAAGCCAACCGCGUUUCCAUGGUCCCCCUUCGUCAUCAAACUCGAAGCUCGUCUUCGUUUCGCCGGCGUGUCCUACAGGGUAGCCGAAGGAUCACCGAAAACUGCACCACGAGGAAAGAUCCCAUACAUUGAAGCUGAAAACGAGACUCUUAGCGACUCGACGUUUAUUAUCAAACGCUUUGUCGACGAUGGUCUCAUUCCUGACCUUGGUGCAAGCUUGAUGCCUGUUCAGAGAGCACAAGAUCUUGCGUUCAGAGCUCUUUUGGAAGAAAAGGUUUACUUUUACGGUACUCGUGAGAAAUGGUGUGAUAAUUAUUAUACCAUGCGCUCCAACAUUUUUGCUUCUAUGCCGUGGCUUCUACAGGUUGUUAUAGGAUAUCUUGCUGCUCGUGCAAAUGCAAGGACUGCAUAUGGACAAGGAACGGGCCGUUUGACAAACGAAGAAGUUAAUGAGUUGAGAGAGGAAGUUUGGGAGAGUGUCGAAGCUCUACUUGCAGAGUCGAGGACGAGGAAGAAAGGCGAUGGACCGUUUUGGGCUCUUGGUGGUGAUGAGCCUACAGAAGUUGACGCAACAAUCUUUGGGUUUAUUGCUUCGUCGUUGAUUUGCGAAGCAGCUCCGACUUCAGCGGCUAUUAUGAGGAAGCAUUCGAGCUUGAUGGAGUACGCAGGGAGGAUUCAUGAGAGGUAUUUUCCUGAUUAUGAACGAUGGGAGUAGAAUGGUGUUGUGGGCGAAGAGCUGGAGGUAUAGAAAUUAGAUCUCUUGGUGUACAGCAUUAGCAAGCAAGACUGUCUGUCGGUUACUACAGAAUACAGAUAGAUCUCAACUAGAUUUAUCCCAAGAAUCAGGGUACAUGCCAACAAUUCCCAUCGUGAG